AUGAAAGUCACAGUCUUAGGAGCAGCAGGAGGUAUCGGUCAACCUUUAUCCCUUUUAUUAAAACUCUCUUCACAAAUUGAUGAAUUAUCAUUAUACGAUAUUCGUUUAUCAAAAGGUGUUGCAACUGAUCUAAGUCAUAUUAAUACAAAUGUUAAAGUUACAGGGUUUGAACCAUCAUCAAAAGAAGAUCAAUCAGCUAUUAAGCAAGCAUUGACUGGUACUGAUGUUGUUAUUAUCCCAGCUGGUGUUCCAAGAAAACCGGGUAUGACUAGAGAUGAUUUAUUUAAUAUUAAUGCAAGUAUUAUUCAAUCUUUAGCCUCUGCUAUUGCUGAAACUGCUCCUCAAGCUUAUGUUCUUGUUAUUUCAAAUCCUGUUAAUUCAACUGUUCCAAUUGUGGUGGAAACUUUUAAGCAAAAAGGUGUUUUCAACCCUAAGAGAAUAUUUGGUGUUACUACAUUAGAUAUUGUUCGUGCAAAUUCAUUUAUUAAAGAAUAUGAUACCCAUGGGGAAUUAGAUGUCUCCAAGGUUAAUAUUAAUGUUAUUGGUGGUCAUUCAGGUGAAACUAUUGUCCCAAUCUAUUCUCAAUCCAAUGCAUCAAAAAUUUAUAAAAAAUUAUCAUCAAGUCAAAGAGAUGCCUUGGUUAAUCGUGUUCAAUUUGGUGGUGAUGAAGUUGUUAAAGCUAAAAAUGGUGGUGGUAGUGCUACAUUAUCAAUGGCUUAUUCAGGUUAUAAAUUUGCAGAAAGUUUAAUCCGUGCUUUAAAGGGUGAAUCUGGUAUAAUUGAAGAUUCAUUUAUUUAUUUAGAUGAUGGUAUCAAAGGUGCUAGGGAAGUUAAGAAUAAGACUAAAUUAAAUUAUGUUUCUUUACCAAUUAGAUUAGGCCCUCAUGGGGUUGAAGAAGUUGAAGGUGGUAUCUUGGGUGAAUUAGAUGAUAAUGAAACUAAAUUGUUUGGUGUUGCUGUUAAUACUUUAAGUAAAAAUAUUGUCAAAGGUGAAUUAUUUGUUAAUAAAGUGAAGAGUAAAUUAUAA